CCCUUUCACAUACACACCGUACCGCUCGAGCAUUGGCAGGUGUUCUUCCUCCUUCACAACACUCCCGUCUCGAGAGCCAUCGGCCCCUCCCUUCGUUGAUUUCUCUCGUCGGCUGUUCAUCGCCCUCACACCAGUCAAGCCUCUCACUCACACUCAAUCGUUCCGACGACGGCAUCGACGACAAGCUAUCGUUGGCACAAUGGCCCUCCUCAAGCUCCCGCAGGAUGUCUUCGAGUCCGUGGCGGACCACCUUGAACACCGAGACUACGUCGCGCUGACCAAGACAAACCGCCACCUGCACCAGGUCUUCAACCGACGCCUGUACUGGGAGAGCGACCGCCAGCUGCGCGACGCCGCCCUCGCCGUCGCCGACGUCCACGACCCCUCCGGCGACAUGCCCGUCUCGCGCGAGUACGCAAAGGCCCAGGACCGCCACCCCUUGAGCUGGGCUGCGGCCCGCGGACGCAAGUGCACCUUUCUGGCCGCCUUCUCUGCGGGCAUCGACGUCUGCCGCGCGGGCUUCCUCCAGCGCGCCGCCGCCCACGGGCAGAAUGGCAUCGUCAAGUUCCUCCUCCGCGCACGGCCCUCGCUCGUCGACGAACAGUCCGACUUCUUCUCGCACCCGACCUACCACGGGCUCAGCACGGCGCUUCACGCCGCCGUCGUUCGCAACCACCCCGACGUCGUCGAGACACUCCUCAAGAGGAACGCCGACCCCAACGCCGUUGCCGAGGACUCGUGCUUCCUCGACACGCCCCUGCACCGCGCCGUCGCGCACGGCGGCCAGAUCGUCAUCGUCCGCAUGCUGCUGACCUACGGCGCGAGCGUCUCUGCCGUCAACGUGGCGUGGCGCACGCCCCUACACCGAGCGGCAGCCAACUGCGAGCUCGACAUCGCGCUGCUUCUGGUCGAUGAGGGGGCUCGCAUCGACGUGACCGACCGACAGGGCAGCACGCCGCUCAACGAGGCGCUUCUGUACGACUCGGAGGACUUCAUCGCCGCCCUCAUCGACCGAGGCAUCCCACUCUCGACGGCUUGCCCCCCGCUCGUGGACGCGCUCCUCCGCAGCAGCGUGCGCUCGGCGCAGGUUAUCAUGCAGCGCUUCCCCGCCGGCCCGCUCGACCACCAGCUGCACCUAGGCCACAAGGUACAUGCCCUCCUCCUCGCCGCGUCGUGCCUGUGCUACUCACCCCGAUGCUACGAGGCCAUCGCCUCGGUGGUCAUCGCCAUCCUCAACCGUGGCGUCCAUGUUGACCUCAGAGACACGCAGGGACGAACCCCCCUUCACCACGCCGUGCUGCAGAGCAACGGUCCCCUGGCCCGCCUGCUCAUCAGCAGGGGCGCCAACCUGCUGGCCACUGACAUGCUCAAGGUGACGCCGUUUGCGCUGGCGCUCAAGAGAUUCCGAGAAAAGGGACGAAGACUAGAAGUCACCACCACCAUCGGGGACAUAAUCAAUUGUCUCGAUUCCUGAGUUCCUACGCGUCGACGACGCCGGGGAGGAUGCCAGAACCAGAAAGAAUAAGCCAACCCCCCCAAGGAAUAAGAAUUGUCAAAGGCCUCCUCUAACCACUGCCCGCAGGCUGUGGAGCAGAGCUUGGAACGAUGAAGCAAGCUGCCGAUGUGAGAGCCUCGGAAAACUUGCUGCGUUUUUCUUUCUUGGGACCAAGGGCGAGGUGGGAGCAGGCCUGUCGAGACGGGCCAGGUAUGAUUGGGAGUUUGAGCGGCUUUUGGCUGGUCACGGGACACGUCGCAGACGCUGGGUGAGCAGCUCUGUAACAAGUGCCAAGAUUGGGAGGGGAUGAAGGCGGUCUUACGCCAGCCUUCGACAGCAGAUCAAGUCACCUUGUCACCUUUAGCCACUGCCACAAACUAGCUUUGUAGAUAG